AUGAUGGGACACUUUUCGGUACAGAAGACGCACAGAGCAACGUCACGCUCCCUCUGGGUUCUCUCACCAUGCGUUUUGACACGAGGCAUCAUCUUGUUGAACAAGUACUCGCCAAGCUCAUCGGCGAUACGUCCGCUGUUGGCGCAACGAUCCAUGGAACAGGAUCUGGAUCAAGGAACUAGAGAAUUGAUUGAUUCGAAAGCGCUGGUGGCUGCCACGAAAGGUGUCCGGAGACUAGGCCUUGCGCCUAUCAGGCAGAGAGCCACUGACUGCCCUGAGAGAACUUGCAAGAAUUGCACUUGGUUCUCUCAACUGACCACACUCGGUGGCCCAGAGGGAUCUAAUCGUGUCGAACCCAUCGAAUCGUUUAGGACAGCUGACCUGCACCCAGCCAUUCUCCGCAACGCCGAGAUUGCGGGCUACGAUAUGCCCACCCCCAUUCAGCGCUACUAUAUCCCCGCAACCGUCCUGUGGCAGGAGAGUGUCAGAGGACUAAGGUAACGCAUUGCAUUCUUAGAAAUCACCCAGGUGUCAUGGAAAUCAGCUGUAGUAGAAUCGCUGUUGAUUAAACAAAAAGCAAACCGGUUGAAGCAUUGCAAAAGAGCUCCAGAGCUUGAGCCGAGGCCAGAUCAGGCACGAUUCGUUCAAGUUUGACUGUGCGGCCAAACGGCAAGAAGCCUGGCUUGUAACCG